AUGUUGCGAGUUAUCGUCUUGGUUCUGUCGCUGCCGUCCUGUGGAGUGACCGCGCCUAGCGUGGUCAGAUUUCGGACCGGAGGCGGCGGCCGAAUAAUUGGGGGGACCCCCGCCGACAUCGCCGAUUACCCAUGGAUGGUCUCCUUCCAAAACGCGGGCUCGCACUUCUGCGGAGCGUCUAUCAUCAGCAGCAACUGGGUGCUGACCGCCGCCCACUGUCUGUAUGACCUGAAUAUCGCCGUGGUGACCGUAAGAGCGGCGACGUCUAUCCGUGAUAGCGGCGGUGUCGCGCUCGCGGCUUCGUACGGUGCGCUGCACGAACGGUUCUCCCUGGAAACAGUCGACUGCGAUAUUGCCGUAAUACAGGUGGAUGGGUCUUUCCCGAUCGUCAACAACGCAGAGAUCGUUGGUCUCCCUGUAGAAGGCUACGACCCACCAGCUGGCAUCGCAGUCACCAAUACCGGCUGGGGCAACACAGCCACCGAAGGCCCAUUGGCCUCCUCACUGAUGAAGUUCGACAUCAGCGUCAUAGGGCGCGUCAGAUGCGUGUUCAGGUUCGGCGUCACAGACCGCAUGAUCUGCGCCGGCGAGUUUGGCAGGAGCACCUGCUACGGUGACUCCGGUGGUCCGCUGGUUAGUGGCACCACGCAAGUCGGCAUUGUCUCAUGGGGCAGGGAGUACUGCGAGACCGACGGUGGCGUCUACACCAACGUCGGAACGCUCCGCUCUUGGAUCACAGCAACUGCUGGCGUCUAA